AUGACCGACGUCGAGGUUGCGAGUUAUUAUAACCUUCCGUCGGCCUACCCAGAGGAAUGGCCUGUUGAGCUUGAUCAGAGCGAACCUUCCGACGACGAAGCUCUGGGCCGUACUCCUUCGCGAGCCAGGAGGUCCCGAUACUUCGCCCUAGAACGCAGUCAUAGCGGUAAGGCCCUCAGCCUUGGGUCCUUCAAAGGAAGCAAUGCUAGGGAAAAUCUUGCCAAGGUCGAUGAACCCGAUCCUCUCGGGUCUGGCGACAGCGUCCUCCAGAUCCUGAAGAAACGAGGACUAUCCUUAGAAGAUGAAUCCCGCUUACGGAACCGGUUCUUGCUUUCGUCGACCUCGUUCUCCCCCGCCCUUUUCCUCUCCCAAGUUCACUCCGAUGCGUCUAUUGAGUCGCUUCUCGAAGGACUCGAUAUCCUCUCGAAAUCUAUUGACCAGAAAUCGGCGUCAUUGAAAGUCCUCGUCGAGGCGAACUUCGAGCGCUUUGUACGGGCCAAAGCAACAAUCGAUAGCGUCUAUACGGAGAUGAGAAACCAAGGAAAAGGAAAUCAUGUGCCACUGGCUCAGUCACAUCGUAGGUCAGCUGGACAUCUUCGAAGUAUUUCCGGAGCUUCGCGAAGCGCGCCUCCUGCGGAUGACAGGCCCGGAAAGAAUGCUCUAACAAAGGAAAGUGACUAUGGCAUGAAGGGAAUACGGGUACCACUCUUGGAGGCCUCCGUCAAAGCCGAAGAAGUCUGGGGUCCGGCGUUGGGCGGGCGCGAGCGAGAACAGAUGCUCAAGUCAGUAGUCGACACGAUGGAGAAGCACCGGGAUGUAUACGAGAUCGGUGGGCUUCUCUCGAAAUCUAUAAAGCAGAGGGACUACGACUCUGUAUUCGAACAAUAUACAAAAGCAAGAACGCUCGCCAAGAGCGCUAAGCAUAUUGCACACAAGGCAAUCAGCAGUGGGCGAUCUCUGACAGACGAAGAAACGCACGCUAUCCUCGCCAUGGGUCGGAUGUGGGUAGAUGUGGACCAUCAGAUCCAGGCGUUCAAGCGCGAUCUGUGGAGACGUCUCAGCGAUGCGCCUACCACAUCAAUCACGGCCACUGCGGCCGGAACCGUGGAAGAAUAUAUGGAGUUGAUCGGCGCUCUGCUGGAAUUGGGCGUGGAUGACAACCCUAUCUGGGUGUGGCUGCUCAGCCGCUAUGACUUUCUCAAGACUAAGAUUGGCGCCUUCUGUGGACGCUGCAAGAUGGAAAUCGAGAUCCUCCGACGCCGGCUUGCUGGCGGCGACAAGCCCACACCCAAAGCUGUGGCAUCGUAUCUGCGCCUGGCACCACGGGAAGAAACAGCGGAUCUGCAAGGUGUGCUAGACACUGACCAGGUAGUCGAGCUCUGGGAAUGCAUUCUAGCGUAUCUGAACAAGUUGUUGGCGUCGCAAGGUGGGCUACUCGGCGAAGUGUUCGAUUUCUGGGAGGUAGCACAAUCCUUCAUUGACGGUUCCAGACAAAAGCUUCUCCCGGCUGGGUUCGAAGGAGAAAGCCGCAGACAUCACCGGCUCUCCGAAAGCGAGACCAGGGAGCUACAGAAUGGGGUCGUGGAGUUGGUCGACCUAAUUCGCGCAAAUGUGCUAUCGUUGUUUGCUGACGCACCUUUGGAUGAUGCUUCAUUCCUGGCGUCUCCAAUAUCACCAGCAACUCCGAACAGUCCGAUAAGCCAAGGCGUGACUCCCACAGAAUCACGCUUCAAACUCGACCCAAAGAACAUGCCAAUACCCACGCCCAAGCGCGGGGAGUUCUGGGAGGACUAUGCCUUCUGGCCGCCUUUCUCGAAUUCACUCAGUGGUGUCCACUAUCUMGGCCAAUUCAUGAUCAUUAUUGGCACCGCGGCGAGCGAAAUGGCUGCAUUGAAUCCAGUAGCAAGUGGGGGUAACACUCAUGAUCUCCUCAAGUCUCUGGUGAGCAUUGCGCGCGAGCGCUCCGUCCGGGUUGCAUGUGCGGCUUGGGGCAAAGACGCGGAGAUCUGUAAAAUGCUGGAAGACUGGACGCGCGAUCCCGAGAGCAAGGAUCUGACCAAGAUGCCUGGGCUAUUUGUGGCCUUUGAAAGUGCAAUUCUUGGGAGGAUGCAAAAGAUCCUUUACAUAUCGGAAGCCAUGGCUAAAUCAGGGGCCGUGGAUGUCGUGACACAACCCCCUGCCAAGCUACUCCAGAUGGUCCGCACCCAAUUUGUAUCCAGUGUCUACAAGGCGCUCAGUGGUCUCGUGGAGAACGCGGAACAUCCAGUCGUUCUGGACGAGGGUAGCGAAUGGAUCCUGGCCGGGUCUGCGGCACAACUCAAUAGCCCUGAUUCCCCUUCGCCUGCUUUGGCUGCGGAUGCUGUGGACUCUCAAGAUAGGAACGUGCGGAUACUGCUCACGCUCUCAAAUAUCAAAGCCCUGCAGGCAGAUUUCGUCCCACAUCUAGUCACGAACUUCGAGACUGCAUUUUCAGUGAAAUUGACAGAAGAAGCCAAGACUAUUCGCGACGUCCUAGGUCAGAUCGAUGACCGCCUAUUUCAAUCGUAUACUAAGCCAACGGUCAAUAAAUUGAAUGCCAUGAUUGUCAACGGCGUUACUGACCCUGAAUGGGAGCCGUCCAGCGCUCGCCCAGAGCAAGUACGCCCCUAUGUAUAUAGCGUCUUGCUCACCAUUGUGCUUGUUCACACGGAGAUCUCGACUACUAUCCCUUCCUGUGUGGCCUCGGGAGCGAGUCGUUCACCACCCGCUGCGCCAUCUCCGUUGCUGAACAUGGUCCUCACACACUUGCUGACACAAAUCUCCACGUCUCUCCUAAAUGCGUUCAGCUCACGCCCUUCAUAUACCCUGGCUGCACUGAUGCAGGCGACCCUUGAUACUGAAUUUAUCGCACAGACCUUAUCACAGUACUCCACGGAGGAAGCAUCUACUAUGCAAAGCCAGAUAUAUGUGGAACUGGAUCAGCGGACUACGCACGAAGCCAGGGCUCGGCUUCAAUCAGAACUUGGCGAAAUGAGGAGCAUACUCAAGCGGCUUAGGGAGAGGACAAAAGGCGAAUUCGCAUGUUUCAAGAAACCGAGGAGUGGGACAGGGCAUAGAGCAGCUUAG